AUGCCUGCUGAUACUCUCUCUCUCGCCGGGAAAGUCGCUAUUGUUACCGGCUCCGGUCGCGAGAAUGGCAUCGGCGCUGGAAUCGCUGUUGCCUUGGCUCGUAAUGGUGCCGCUGUGACAAUUAACUACGUCUCGGAGUCUUCGACAGCACGUGCUGAAAAAGUUGCACAGAAGAUUCGAGAUGCAGGUGGCAAGGCUACAGUUAUUAGAGCCUCGGUUGACGAAGAAGGAGCCAAGGCGCUUGUCGAGGGUACUCUUAAAGCCUUCGCGACGGACCACAUCGAUAUUCUGGUUAACAACGCCGGAAUCGCACAUGUGGGCUCAACCACGGACCUGACGACGGAACAAAUUAGACAGACAUUUGAGGUCAACCUCUACGGUCCGAUGUUCAUGGUCCGAGCCGUUGUUCCGCAUAUGCCUGCCGGUGGUCGCAUUAUCAACAUUUCAUCUACCUCAGCUAAAAUGCCUUUGGCGGCAUAUAAUGUAUAUGGUACUUCUAAGGCUGCUCUUGAUUAUUUGACAGCUAUAUGGGCUGGGGAGUUUGGCAUAAGCCGUGGCAUCACUGUCAACUCCAUCGGCCCAGGUUUCGUCGAAACGGAUAUCAUCCCUGAUGAUCCAGAGUUCCGAAAAAUAGCAGUAGACUCAAUGCUGGAUCUGACCAGGGCUGCUCAUAGAGCUGGUACAAUUGAAGAUAUUGGGGACAGCGUGCUCUUGAUUGUAUCGGAGAAAGCGCGAUGGAUCACAGCACAGCAUAUCUCAGCUAGUGGUGGUCUUACAGCUCUUUAA